GUCAGCUUACGCACUGACGCACGCACGCAGCCCCGCCCCCUGGUCCCGUGUUAUUCGAUAUCUUUCCGCUUUCGCUGCAGUCAGUUUGUAAACAUCGAGCCGUCAGGCAGCGGAGCAGCACCGAGCCUCGUUUCUUUACAUCGGAGAUUAAAAUCUCCCGAAAAACUUCCAACAUGAAGUUCAUGUACAAAGAAGAACACCCGUUUGAGAAGAGACGGUCUGAGGGAGAGAAGAUCAGGAAGAAAUACCCGGACAGAGUGCCUGUGAUAGUUGAGAAAGCUCCCAAAGCCCGGAUAGGAGACCUGGACAAGAAGAAGUACCUGGUUCCCUCGGACCUGACAGUGGGUCAGUUUUACUUCCUGAUCCGGAAACGGAUUCACCUGAGAGCUGAGGACGCACUCUUCUUCUUCGUCAACAACGUCAUUCCUCCCACAUCAGCUACCAUGGGCCUGCUCUAUCAGGAGCACCAUGAAGAAGACUUCUUCCUGUACAUUGCCUACAGUGAUGAGAGUGUGUAUGGAGAGGACAUGUAGAGAUCAGUUUAACCCUAACCUCACUGUUUGACCAUAAAGAUUCAGUAGCGUCCAGCUGAGUGUGUGUCCGGCUCACUUCCUGUUCCUACUUCUGCACUCUUUCUACAUGAUUCAUUAUUCUGGCCUUCCUGAAAAAAUCCUGCUCAUCUUUUAACACACACACACACACACUUUCCUUUUUUUCAGUGGUGUGUUGUUUUUUUCUGCAUGUACCAUCGCUGAUACUGAUGAGAUUAUUUUUAUUUAAAUAUUUUCAGCUUUGAGUUUUUGCAGUAUGUUUUAUUGAGUAUGUUGCUUUUUUGUGUUUUAAUAUUUUUAUAGCUG